AUGAGCAACAUCCCAGAGCUGGGCAGCAGGGCUUCGGAGGCCCCUCCCUAUGCAUUAAUGGACCCCUUUAACCACUGGGGACAAGAGGGACCCGGAGGAGCUGGCUGCCUCUUCCACACCCCCUCUCCUCUCUGUUGCUGCAUGAGUGGGCCAGCCCUCUGGGACAGGGGCCUGGGAGGCGGGCAUUACUCUGGGAACAGGCACGGGGUUGCGGUGGUUUGUCCCCUCCCGGCCGCCGUCGCCGCCGACAUAUUGUCCGCAAGAGCGGCGGCGGCGGCGGCGGCGGCGGCGAGGGGAGCGCCGGGGGAGGAGAUGGGAGGACGGAGAGGCCCCAACAGGACGUCCUACUGCCGAAACCCACUCUGUGAGACGGGUCCGAGUGGCGGACCUGGGCACGCCUCCAGUUCUUCGGUCACGGGCGUCCGCUCCAGGGCUAGGAGCAGCUCAGGCACAGGCCUCUCCAGUCCUCCGCUGGCUACUCAGACAGUGAUCCCCCUGAGGCAUUGCAAGAUCCCAGAGCUGCCUGUCCAGCCAAGCAUCCUGUUUGAACUGCAGCUCUUCUUCUGCCACCUUGUGGCUCUCUUCGUCCACUACAUCAACAUCUAUAAGACCGUAUGGUGGUACCCGCCUUCUCACCCUCCAUCACACACCUCCCUGAACUUCCAUCUGAUUGACUUCAAUGUGCUGGCCGUCACCACCUUGGUACUGGGUCGAAGGCUCAUCGGGGCCAUCGUGAAGGAGGCUUCUCAGAACAGCAAGGUCUCCCUCCCACGCUCCGUCUUCUUGGUCAUUACACGCUUUGCAACUGUCCCUCGGUGGGGGCCCACCGGUACUUUCCGGGCGCCUCUCCGCGGUGACUCAUGCUUCUCCCCUGUGUUUGGGGGCACAGGAGGACGGAGAGGCCCCAACAGGACGUCCUACUGCCGAAACCCACUCUGUGAGACGGGUCCGAGUGGCGGACCUGGGCACGCCUCCAGUUCUUCGGUCACGGGCGUCCGCUCCAGGGCUAGGAGCAGCUCAGGCACAGGCCUCUCCAGUCCUCCGCUGGCUACUCAGACAGUGAUCCCCCUGAGGCAUUGCAAGAUCCCAGAGCUGCCUGUCCAGCCAAGCAUCCUGUUUGAACUGCAGCUCUUCUUCUGCCACCUUGUGGCUCUCUUCGUCCACUACAUCAACAUCUAUAAGACCGUAUGGUGGUACCCGCCUUCUCACCCUCCAUCACACACCUCCCUGAACUUCCAUCUGAUUGACUUCAAUGUGCUGGCCGUCACCACCUUGGUACUGGGUCGAAGGCUCAUCGGGGCCAUCGUGAAGGAGGCUUCUCAGAACAGCAAGGUCUCCCUCCCACGCUCCGUCUUCUUGGUCAUUACACGCUUUGCAGUCCUCACCGGGACAGGGUGGAGCCUGUGCCGCUCAAUCAUCCAUCUCUUCAGGACCUACUCCUUCCUUAAUCUCCUGUUCCUCUGUUACCCGUUUGGAAUGUAUAUCCCAUUCCUACAGCUAAACUAUGACUUCCGAAAAACGAGCCUCUUCACCCAGGUGGCCAACAUUGGUCCUCGAGAGGCAGGCGGCAGUGGGAGUAGCCCUCCUUCACGAGGCCGAGACUACCUGACGGUUCUGAAAGAGACUUGGAAGCAGCACACGCAACAACUAUAUGGUGCCGAGGCCAUGCCCACCCACGCCUGCUGCCUCUCCCCUGAUCUCAUCCGCAAUGAGGUGGAGUUCCUCAAGAUGGACUUCAACUGGCGCAUGAAGGAGGUAUUAGUUAGCUCCAUGCUCAGCGCCUACUACGUGGCCUUCGUGCCUGUCUGGUUUGUGAAGAACACCCAUUACUAUGACAAGCGCUGGUCCUGUGAGCUCUUCCUGCUGGUGUCCAUCAGUACCUCAGUGAUCCUCACCCAGCACCUCCUGCCCGCACACUACUGCGACUUACUCCACAAAGCUGCGGCCCACUUGGGCUGCUGGCAGAAGGUGGACCCUGCCCUUUGCUCCAAUGUGCUUCAGCACCAGUGGACAGAGGAAUGCAUGUGGCCACAGGGCGUGCUGGUGAAACACAGCAAAAAUGUCUACAAAGCCAUUGGCCACUACAACGUGGCGGUGCCUUCAGACGUCUCCCACUUCCGCUUCCACUUUUUUUUUAGCAAACCACUGAGGAUCCUUAAUAUCCUUCUCCUGCUCGAGGGAGCCGUCAUCUUCUACCAGCUGUAUUCACUGGUCUCCUCAGAGAAAUGGCAUCAGACCAUUUCUCUGGCCCUCAUCCUUUUCAGCAACUACUACGCCUUCUUCAAGCUGCUGCGAGACCGGCUGGUGCUGGGCAAGGCCUACUCUUAUUCAUCCAGCCAUCGCCAGCCCGAGCACAAGUUCAGCUGAAUUGAGGCUGGCUGGGCCACUUCAGGAGGAUGGGGUGGGGAGAGGGGGGAGGGAAGAAAAAAACAACCAAAAAAAAAAACCCACAAAAAAAAAAAAUCAGAGCUCUGUAUUUUUGUUACGACUGCUUCUUUCUUUGAUAACUGAUGUAAUUAAAAGGAGAAAAGAAAUGACAUAUUUUUGUACUCCCAA